UCAUGCCAAUGCCUUCUCGCGUGACGUCACCGAUUUUGGAAAUUGUGUGUACGUAGGCACGACGUUUUCUUGGAUCGUCCAAUCAGAAGCUCCCUUCAUUGGCCGGAUGUUUCUUUCGUAUUCUCUUCUCUUUUUCCGGGACUGUAUAGCAAAUUUGUUUUGUAAAACGGCACUUAAUAAAAGCGGACUUCCAUGCUGCGUAAAGCAAAUUCAUUUUGUUACAUUACAACGCAAAAGCUGCCGCAGUCCAAAGAAAUGCAAACGCAAGUGCUCUAUUUUUGAAGUCGUAGCCACAUAGUAGUCGGAUGUGCAUCCAAUCCAUGCCGUUGAGCGCAAGCAAAAUGGCAGCCUUUGUUUACCUGUGAACAGCUGACAGCCCCUAGCGUGUCUGUCUGAACAGCUGACAGCCCCUUGCGUGCCCGUAAUUGCGGCCCCGCCCCCGUCAGAUACUGAUUGAGGAAGAGCCAAGAAGAAUUAUCCGUAGCCCCCGAGGUGAAACUUUGCAACAUAGUGGAUCGAGAACUGUCAAGGAAUUUUCCAUAGGGCACCGCCAUGACAUAACGAUAGCUUCGUUAAAGUUAUCGCUGCAUCGGUAAUACUUCCUGCACUGAUACGCUCCGAGAAAGAAGCUGCUACAACAUUAAAUGGCUACUGGAGGUGGCAAAGUGGGUGGCGUGGACGGCCGCGUCCUCGACGUCCUUAUGAGGACAGGAGGGGUCCUUGUUUCCCCCCCUGAGUACUUCCCCGAUAGCGAGGACGAGGCAAGUUCAGAGGAAGCUGCAGGGCCCAGCGGUUCCCGCAGACAUCCACCAGCGACAACUGCUUUCAUGGUGUCGGGCCCUGCAGCUGUUGCUGGGCCAAGUGGCCUUACACAGCCACCGGCUACGCCCCAGGUGCUGCGGCCUACCACCCAGGUGCCUCAGCCAACCCCGCAGGUGCCUCAGCCAACCCCGCAGGCAUAA